ACUUCAACGUUCCCAACUGCGGGCGUGUCGACAACGACAAUGGUAGGAGGAGACGGAUUCACUACGACUGCAAUCAUCAGUGUUGCGACUAUGACCUCUGUCCAGACUCCGUCUACUGUCUACGAGUCCUCUACCUCCGAGACAGAUACUGAAACCGCUUCGUCGGCGACUACAUCUGUGGCUUCCUUCAACUCUGACCCAAUCACAGUCACUGAGGAAGAGACGGUGACUGCUCCCGCUGUUACAACUACACUGACUGAGUCCACGACGACUACAGCCGAGACUACCUCUGACGCGACAACCACGGUCGCUACCACCGAGACCAAGCUGACAUUCGUACCCCGUGCGCCUUUCACAGCGACAGUCUCGAUCUUAGACGAGACAUCUACAGCAUCUGCCGCCGAAUCCGCGACCUCGUCCGCGAGCUCGAGCGGUACUCCUGUUUCUUGCCCGGUUGAAGGUGCAGCCUGCGCGGUGCACGGCGAGUUGGCUUGUAAUGGAUACUCGUACGGACAGUGUGUUUGGGGUACCUGGGUUGUUCGCCAGUGCUACACCGGGCUAGCCUGUAUGGAUGACGGCGACGAGAUUGCGUGUGAUUAUCCGGGUCCUAGUGGAGUCCAGGCGUGCAGCGAAUCCGGCAUCUCGACAGACAGCGCGAAGCUGAUGAAGCGAGGCGUCUGGGAUGAUGACUUGGAGUACAACCACGAGAUGGCAGAGUCGAAUGAUAUCUGGCAGCACAUGCACAGAAAGGCCAAGCGAUCAAUCACGCACGACCAUGUGUUGCGAAAACCCGUAGCGCGCAGAGACGAGUCGCCGUUCUACGACGCCGAGCUGGGGAAGAAACAUCAUCCGCAUGUACCGAUGCGGAAGCUGCACGCGCACGAGGACAAGCCUGCGCCAGCUGCGCGACCGCGACCGCGGCAUUUGCAGCAUAUGAAGGCCGCGAUUUUGAAGCGCGAGGAGGCGGGUACUGCUGCGGCUACGGUUACUGGUAUGGCGGCGAUGCCGACGAUGUUGCAGAAGGUUGAGUUUUGCCCUGACGGCACGUCGACGACGUACAUAGCCGGCAGCGCGACGACGACCGCGACCGCGAGCGCGAGUGCGACUGCCAGCGCGGAUUCUAGCGAGCUCGAAGACUUGACGCUCGACAGCAGCGACAACAAUACCUACCUCUUGCGCGUCGUCACGCAGCAAGUGAACUCGACCACCUUCGUCGGCACGCUGUACGCUGCGCCAUUGACGAACUCGCCGAUCGGCCAGAACUGGAAGUUUUCGUUCACGUCGGACGAUACGAUUACGUCGGUCAGUCGCGGCGAGCUUGUGGCUGGCGACGACGGCAGUUAUUCGAUUAACAGUAUCGCGACGCAGGAGGGGAAGAGGUAUAUGGCUAUUAAGGUCACGUUUUGGGGAACUUAUAAUACUGAUUCUUGAGAAUCGUCCACUCAUUAGACUGGUUUGGUUAUGCUAUGUUUUGAAUUGUUUUGAUUUGUUUUGAUUUUUUUUGGUACUUGGGUUUUUGCACAUGACGCGAUUUGAUAUCUAUGGCACAGGUUUUCUCCGGCACUCUUGACCUCUCAAAACAUAAGAAGUGCCACACGACUCUCCUUUUUGAAUAUUCAGCGUGAAGCUGAAGGAAUGUGUUUUUGUUUUGCUAGUUGCAGUUUUCGACUUUGGUUUUUUGGAAGAAAAAAUAAUUUGUGUGUCAUUCCUUUGGCUUGAAAUUCUUUGUAGUUAGUAUUUGUAUUUAAUAGUGAGUGAUGUGAUGUGAGAUAGAAUAUAUUCU